GCCCUAACCUUAUGUAUUGUGACCCAGAAUCCAAUCCGAAUCGAAACCUCAAGAUAUAAAAUGAAUUCUUUUCCUCUUUGCAAUGUAUAAUUUUGCCUGAAAAUAGAGAAAGAAAGUGCUUUUAUGCGUCAUGAAAAGAUGGGGUAAUUAUCACAAAUGGUCACAAAACUAUUAACUUUGUACAAAAUGGUCACAAACCUUUAAUUUUGCACGUUUCAGUAAUAUAUGUUUGUACAAAUAACAAAAAGGUAAUUCCGUCCAUCUCCAUCCAAAAAAACCGUUAGUUCCAUCUGGUCAGCACGCCACAUCAUUUAAGAUAUUAAUAAAAAAACUAAUGACCAAAUCCAAUUGAACCGAUAACCCAACUGAAAACCCCUAUCCUAUAUCCACCCACCCGAAUUGUUGGAGACAGAAACACGGUCACUGUGCACUUUUGUCCUAUCUUCUUCCACUGCCUAAUCCCCUUCCCCGAAGAGACCUGCAUCAGAAGAAAAAUCUCGGCGACCUCGCGAACGAAACGCUCUGGAGAAAACUCGCCUGCGGAGGAAGCCCACAAGCAAUUGAUUGCUCAUCCCUAGAACUAGCAAGGCAGCAACCAGAGAAUUGUUGGGCUUCAAUUGUAGACCCAGAACGUUGCAGCAACUGCAACCGGCUUUGAGUAUAAGAACAAGAAGAUGGCAAAGUAUUCAUACCCACCAUUUAUGUUUACAGACGAAUGUUGAUGGGUUAUAAGGCCUGGUGUUGCACCCGCACUGUCUCUUGAAGCUUGACAAGUGAUUUUCUUAGAAGAAAAUGAUGAUUAAAUAUGAAAGUGGGUUCAGGCCUUAAUUCCACUUAUCUGGAAAAAAAAAAUGGAUUUAGGAGAGCCUGCGAAAGAGGAACUGAAGGCAAGGUCAAUUUCCGAAGAGGGCCGGCGAUUCGUCUUCUGCCGGAUCUAAUCAGAUGGAAGCAGUUGGUCGACGGCGAUUCGGCUUCAGAGAAGGUUAUGGCCGGGUUGAGAGGAAGGCGGGGCUUUGCCGGAGUAGAUGAGGCCUGCGAGAAGGCUGGAACGAAUGGGGCAGGUGGGUAUUUCAACCCAUACCUGCCCCGCACCAAGUACGGGUUAGGUCGGGUAAUAUCUAGUGGCGGACAGACGGGUGUUUGGGGGUGUCACGGGACACCCCUGAAUUUUGAAAAACGAUUAUCCAACACCCGAUGGUAAAUUACGUAUGAACAAAAAUAUUAUAAUUGAUAGUCGGGGUCACCCUGAAAUUUGAAAAAAUAAUUAUUCUACUAUAAUCUUUUACUUUGUGUAUGGGAAUAUUUGUGGUGGUUUGGGUGAUUCAAAGAUAGGACCCUAUUAUUAAUAAACAUAAUUUCCAUUAAGCUACAAUUCGAUUUUAAACACUGUGUAAUAGUAAAAUGUCAUUCCCUAUCUCUAAUUAUUUUCAAAACCUAACAAUUAAACAAAUUUCAAGCUAUCCUUAAUUUGUAUUGAAUUUAUGGUUGUACGACAAGUGUUGAAAGAGUCUUUUCAGCUUUGGAUUACAUCAAGAACAAGUUUAGGAUUCAAAUAUGUGAUCAACUCGUGAAUGAUUGUCUAGUAGGAUAUACAGAGACAAUUUUUGUGAGCAGUGUAGACACCAAGUGUAUUCUGCAAUUAUUUCCGAAUAUGAAAACACAUAGUGGACUUUUUUUAAGCGGUACGAGUAGGUAUGUUCUUAUUUAAGAAAUAUUUAAUUUUUAUUAAUUAUUUAAUAAUUAUUUAAUCUAAUUUUUAGAAGGGGACACCCCUCUGUAAAAUUCCGAAGUCCGCCACUGGUAAUACCUAUUCAAAUACGGGGCGGGACGGGUCGGCCCAUUCUAACAUAUUAUAAAAUUAUAUAUGUGAACAUUUUUUUAAACAAUAAAGCGAGAGGAAAACACUCUAUUAAUGAAAAUUUGUGAUAAUAGAAUGAGUAAAAAAGUCUAGCUAGUUGUCUAGAUAAAGUAAUUCAUCACAGGGUGAAAAUAUGAUCGAAGUAAUGCUAAAAUUGAAAAAAUAAGAAUAAAUAUUGAGAUAAAUUGAAAUAUAACGGGUCAAGAAAUUGGCAGGACGGGGCAGGUAGUAGAUAGUGUCUCAUGUCCCGCCCUACGUUACUGUCGCUUAGUAGUUAGUACUCAUCCAGAUGCAAACCAAAUCAUGUAAUACUUAGUAGGACUGUAGGACAGAUUCAAAUUGUCAUCCUACAGCCAAAUGGCAGUACAUAUAGAUGGACUACACGUGUCAAAAAGUUGCACGAGAAGAACAGGGGACCUUGGACGAAUAGAAGGGAACAUGGGGCGCAUGCAUCGACAGCCUGCAUGUGAGCUCGAUAGUUUUAUUUUGUUAUUAUUAAAUUAGGGUUCCAUUUCAUCAAAUAAUAAUAUGUUAGUUCCUUAAUUUGGUUCAAUCAAUAAUUCACCAACCAACCCCUUUCUUUCUCAAUUGUCAAGUCCUCACUUAUUCAUAAUAAUGUCCCUUUGUUUCCUGUUCAUCUUGCAUUUUUUGUUCGUACAAAGAAUAUGUGUAGGCAGGAAAAGAGGACAGCUUAGUUGUCAGGGAUUCACUAGUGACUUGAACAUUGUUUGUGCUCGUCUAAUGUCGGCUCUAUCCUUACGUAUUUUUGUGUUUGGCGUGAACCUAUGAUGUAGUCAUAUACAAUCGUUUAUUUACUAUAUACAUGUCCGAAGACUUACCGACAAGUUACAUGUGUGAAUCCAUUACGAUAGUGAAUUGUUGGAAUAUGUAAAAUCAUGUGAUUAUGUACGUGCUAUUGCUACAGGAACAAAACUACAGCUCUACCGAUGGUGUUGCGAUAACACUAAUACACGACGCAGAUGAAGCAACUCAAGCUCCGUUUCAUCAAAUAUAGAUAGGCUCCCUCUUUUUUGUAUAUGUUUCCCCCCAUAACUAGCAUAAAUAAAUGUCUAUUUGGACUUUCUUAUUAAUAAUGUGAUGAUGUCCCUCUAAAUUAGUGAGGAGGGGGCAAGGUGCUCAAAGAGUUCAAUCCUUGCAUGUUAUGUGUCCCUCUAACUUUAAGGUAGGUCUUUAAAAUGGGCAAAGUACUAUUGUGCAUAUUAAUAUUAUUAACUCCUAUUAGAAAACAACAACACAUGCACUAAUUCUUGUAAAUAAUUCAUUUAAAUAAUUAUUUUAUAUAAUAAUGUUAUGUGUGAAUUAAGAGAAGUUUAAGAAUCACAAAACUUUUAGCUCAACCUACCCCAAAUUUUGAUGAGAGUUAUUACCCGCUCGCAAGUGACAUGAAAUAUAAAUGUGCUUUUUUUUCUUCCUAUCUAUGAUUUGCAUAAUUAAACUAUCUUCUUUGAUUUUCUCUUUAAACACAUAUCUGAACGAUUAUUCACCCAAAAUAAUUAUGUUGAUCGCUUGAUUUGUCAGUCACAAUUCCAAGUUUUAAUUAUCGCACUGAGACAUGAUUGCAAUUUUGAUUUGGCUAUACAUGUGCAUUGUGCAUUGACACUCAUGGAGAUCUUAUUAAGCCUCUUCUGUGUCGAAAAGUCUUGUGUUAGAGUUGUCGUGAAUUUGUGACGAUGAUUUCUUAUAUCCUUAAAAUGGAGUAUUGCCCGAUUAUGUAUUGCUCCGGUGACGAGUCUAUAUUGUAUGUUGGAACAAUGAUGAACAACGUGGCUAAGAAAGAAGAAAUAUGUGCUUCGUAUUUGCGAUCACAAAUGAAACUCUUAUAUCAAAUGGUUUGUAAAAUCACCGGAGGUCUUGUGUGACAAAUUAGCGAAAUAAUAUUUUACUGAUAUUCAAUCAAUAAUAUACCGUUAUAAUAUCUAUGUUAAAAUAAAACAAUAUAUUCAACCAACACUAUACCGAUACAAUACCGUCAAUACGGGAGGAGUUACGGUGCUAAUUGUACAAUAGUUAGCACCGUCCUAACCAAGGGAAAAACUACUACUAGUUUGAAUUAGUAGUGAUUUAGCUUAGGUGUUGCAUUGAUUUUAUAAUAAUCCGUAGUGAUUUCGUUAUUUUCAGUAACAUUUUUUGCUAGUUAUCACGGUGCUAACCCCUAUAAGAGUUAGCACCUAAUCCCACCCCGUCAAUACCAUUCAAUUUUAUAGAGGAUUGUUAACUACAUAAAAACCGACUUUGGUAAUAUUCUUAGAAGAGAAGAAGUACAAAAUAAGAAACGAAAAAAAGAACAAAAACUCACAAGAGCUGAAAAGUCAAAAUCACUUCACUACUCCAACUUCCAAAAAGAAACAAGCAAACAAAACAAACCCCAAUUUCCCCUGCUUCGUCUUUUUCACCCUGCACAACUACUGCCAAAAACCUCUCUCUCUCUCUCUCUCUCUCUCGCGUUUUUUCAGCAGUCACUUUCCUCCCCAUUGCAAAAGGAAAUCUUCUCCACCAUCAAACCACUGCUCUGCUUCAACUUCACUUCCCCCAAACUCACUUCUCUGUUUUUUCUCACCAAUUCCCCGUCAUCUUUAGCUCAAUGAUGGCGAUGAAACUAAUCCUUAUUGGCUAAAUUUUUCUGCCCAUUUACUCCUUCCCCUCUCCCCAAUUCCAACCCCAUCAGCAUAGAAACAAUGCUGAACCAAGACCGCUACGAUUCAUCCCCUGUUUCUUCAUCAUCGAGCUCUGUUUUCUCUUCCUCUGUUUUUCCUUGGCCGCCGGUCGGCGCGCCCAUGAUGCUGCAGAGGGACCAAGACGACCAUUUGGGACGCUUUGACAACUCCGUCAGUGCGGUGUCUUUCGGGUUCGUCGCCACUGCAAUCCUCAUCUCGAUGUUUUUAGUCAUGGCCAUCUUCGAGCGGUUUCUCCGGCCGGGUCGCGGCGGUCAACGGACCGGCGACCUUGAGUCCCAGAUGGGUUUCAACUCCAAGCUCCGCCACCCUUCUCCCAAAAUGACGGUGUAUGCAAAUGGGGUAUCAGUGUUGAUGCCUGGAGACAACAUUCCCACAUUCAUAGCACAUCCAGCGCCGGUUCCCACCUUUGCUCCUCAACUCCAGCCGCCGCCGCCGAUGCCACCACCGCCACCUCUGCCUCCGCCGCAUCAGCAUGAAGCCUCUGAGGAGGAACCGCGUUUAUCAUCUCAGGGGAACUAAGACGGUUGAAGGGUAUUUUGGAAGAGGAAAGGUGGAAUCUUUCUUGUACAUAUAUGAUAGGUGUUUGCAUGUAGUUGGGUUUUAGUAGUGUUGUGGGGCUUAUUUUUUAUGAGUUGGGUAAAAAGGCUCAUUUUUUUCAAAGUAGCAAGCAGAGAAACAGGGGAUGCUUGCUUUCCUCUGUAAGAUCGAUUGAAUUGAGAGUGAAUCCUCGUGGAUCACGGAAUGGAACUUGGGUUUAUUUUUCAUCCUCUCUUUGGAUCUUAGGGUUAUUACUCUUUUGUAAACAUUUUUGACCGAGGAGGGUAAUGUAAUUAUCCAUGAAGCAUUGGAGGCCAGGCCACAUAGGGUUCUUGACUUCAUUCGACAGAGUUCUAAGAAAUUUCUUCCAAUCUG